CCUUUGUUUAGUAAAACUUAAAACCCAUAUUAAAAACCGUGAUUUGCAUUUUGGUGUACAAAAACUAAACACCUCGCUCACUUGCCAUCUACCAGACUUGAUAAUGAGUCAUGAGCCAUGAUUAGUGAUCUACCUACUAAACCUACCCCUCUUGCAAUCUCUUGAAAAGAUUGAAUACAUGCAUCGCUGGUUUCGAUAAAAACUAAACCCACAACUCUCAACAAGUCUCAAGCUCAACAAUAACCAGCGGCGGCGGCGGCGAUGAAACCCAGCAGACUAUUUGCAGGACUCUUCCUGCUGUUGGCUCUCUACUGUGGCUUAGACCCUUUUAAGCACAGCGCAAUCUCCGACUUCCCAGACUUUGUUUCCCACGAAAUCGACUUGCCCAGUUUGUCCUCGGUUCCUAAAGAGAGAGACACCCAGAAUUUGCUUCAGAAAUCGGAGAUUAAGUUCCUGAACCAAGUUCAAGGCCCUGAGAGCGUCGCGUUUGAUCCACAAGGACGUGGACCAUAUGCUGGUGUUGCGGAUGGGAGAGUCUUGUUCUGGAAUGGCCAGGCUUGGACUGAUUUUGCCUAUACAUCGUCUCACAGGUCAGAGAUAUGUGAUCCAAAACCAUCAGCUAUGAGUUACUUGCCAAAUGAGCACAUCUGUGGAAGGCCCUUGGGCCUCCGUUUUGACAAGAAAACAGGAGAUUUGUACAUUGCGGAUGCAUACUUUGGGCUCUUGAAAGUGGGGCCAGAAGGUGGUUUGGCAACUUCACUUACAACUGAGGCAGAAGGGGAGCCAUUGAGGUUUACUAACGAUCUUGACAUUGAUGAAGAAGGCAACAUUUAUUUUACUGAUAGUAGCACCAAGUACCAGAGAAGGUAG